CCCUCAUUUUGUUUUCUCGCUUUCGUCAGGGCCAAUUACGUCUCGCAUCAGGGCAAUGUCACGGCCAACGAUGUCAUCCUGUGCAGUGGUGCCAGCUGUGCGCUGGACUUGUGUCUCUCCGUUCUAGCUGGACAGGGCCAAAACAUUCUGAUCCCUAGGCCGGGUUUCUCUAUCUAUCGCACCCUGGCUGAGGGCUUCGUUGAAUGCCGCUACUAUGACUUGAUGCCGGAUAGGAACUGGGAAGUGGACCUGGUGCAACUGGAAUCGCUGAUUGAUGCCAACACGGCCGCCUUGAUCGUGACAAACCCGAGUAACCCGUGCGGAAGCGUGUUCAGCAAGACCCAUCUCGAAGGCAUCUUGGACAUUGCCGAGAAACAUUAUUUGCCUAUCAUUGCCGACGAAAUUUACGAACAUUUCGUAUUCCCGGGUCAGGAGUUCUACGCUGUCAGUUAGUUAUCCAAGAAGGUACCGGUACUAUCAUGCGGUGGACUGACCAAACGUUUUCUGGUUCCCGGAUGGCGCAUGUGGUGGAUUGUGAUUCACGAUUGGGAAAACUUGUUCAAGGACGUUCGCAAGGGACAGGCUAAUCUGUCCGCGCGAAUCCUCGGGGCCAACACCCUAGUCCAGGGUGCCUUACCGGAUAUCCUGAAGAACACUCCUCCAGCGUUCUACGAUGAUUUGGUUUCAACACUUUAUCGACAUGCCGAACUGGCAUACAAGUCGAUCAAACAAAUUCGCGGACUGCACCCCGUCAUGCCCGGUGGUGCCAUGUACAUGAUGAUUGGCAUAGACAUCAAACGGUUCCCUGAGUACGAGACAGAUCUAGAGUUCGUGCAAGCUCCUGUUGCAGAGCAAAGUGUGUUCUGCCUGCCGGGCCAGUGCUUCGAGUAUCCGAACUACAUCCGUAUCGUGCUCACCGUCCCGGAAGAGAUGAUUGUCGAAGCGUGUAAGCGCGUGGGAGAGUUUUGCCAGAAGCACUACAAGCUGGACGAUGCCAUUAUGGAACAACAACAGCAAGGUUUUCUUAUUUUUUAAACUCAGAUGGUUGAUUUUGAGAAAUAAAUCCCUUCAGUCAUACCAUAAUAACUCAAAUCGUGCCGCUAUGAGCACUUCUCAAGAAGUAAUUCAUUGCACACACAGCAAUAAGUGACGUGAGGUGCUGCGAUGAAAUCCUAAAGCGGGUUGGGGAGAGCUAGAACAAAAAACAAGUGAGUUUCAACCACAGAACUUAUCAACAAGAUAAGCUCUUGCAAGAGCACAGUUACUUGUGCAAAGCAACAUAUUCCCACUAAAUCGAAAAUCUUUAAGUAUAUCAAGGAGUAAUGCGGUCAUUAUUUGAUACUGGCAGAUAUCCUAGAUCCAGAGAUCCAUCGAUACAUUGAUACAAAUCUUAUUCGUGAACAACUCUCUGGUGGUCUGAAAACUGAUGCCAAUGGCGCGACGAAGGUUGUAAAAAGAAGGAGAUCUGAAUGGAAGAAGUGCCCAAAGUCAUCCACAACUUUAUGUUCACUUCUACUAAAUAGAAAUGAUCGUAUAUUUUCAUCCCCAACAAAUUAUUUGGCUUUCAAAGCCCGUUAGAUUGGCUCAAGUCUGGCUGAAUGUUUUGUUUUUUUAGUCUUCAAUAACACUAACAUUAUUAUUUUUAUUUUUUAUUCAGAAGAAAGGCCUCUGAUUAACUUCCCAGCAUCCCAGGAAAUUUAUUUUAUAUUUGUUUACUUCGAAAAUUAGAGCAAAUUCCAUACCGUAAUAAUGCCUGCAAAGUAUAAAUUAAAUUGAGCUGUCAAAAAAAUAUUCCUGCUGCGGAAAAAUAUUCCUUCCAAUUAUUCCGCCAGAAAAAGGGACCCACACUUGGCCGGGGUGCUGCCAAACCGCACCAAGUGCCAGCAAGAAAUUUCCCAUUUUUCUGCCCAAGAAAUCGUUUAACAGAUUCAAUUCAUCACAGAUCGAAUUGGAUAUCCGUCAAAAAGCCGCUUGGUGUGGUUUAGCAGAGCCCCGACCACUUGAGCAGCUGUCUAAUUUACUUCAGUAAUUGAAGCAAAUUUUCCUUAACCGUUCUUCUAAUGAACAACAUAUUGUAUCGUGCAUGAAAAAAACUCCUUCUCCGCUUAUUUCCAAUCACAACAAAAAAUAAGCGCCAGAUAGUUGCCUUCAAAAAACAUGCCUCCAGAAAAAAAAUGUAGGCCCUCAAGUAAAUCAUUUUGGCGAUAAAUGUUUUGAUAGUACGUAUUAUUUGUACUGCGGAUAAAUUAUACACAUCUAUGAAAGCCUUGAAAAUGAUUACGAAAGGUGUCAUUUUGUUGCAAGGCACAAUACCUAGGUUUGAAGAAAGCUUUCUCAACAAAUAAAAGCGGGAUCCUUCG